AUGGAAGUAGAUGAUGUUGAAUUGAACAGCGAUCCUUCAUUAGCAGAUAUUCACAAGUGGAUGGUACAGGCGAUUAUUCCGGCUAGAGGACAGAAAAAACUGAUCAAGCACCUUCUAUCGAAUGUAAACCAAGUAACACGCGAAGCAUCCAGAAGAGAUAUAGUUAUGGCGAUAAGCACUCCAUCCUUCAUCGAAUCAGCUGAGGGACGUAAACUUGCAUUGGCUCUCGUUCCAGAAGUUGGAAUCAAAACUGUUUGGAAUAUUAUUCAUCGCUUAGCUGCAGAUAAAACCUCUGAUAGGAAAGUUUUGGAGAACUACGGUGAGUUGUUAUUGAUGGCUUGGAAGAAGGCUGAUGAAGGAGAACGUGAAAAAAUUUUGGAUGUAUAUCAGGAUGCUGUAUAUUAUUCGUUGUGCGUAAAAAGUGAUAUAGCCAAGAAUCAUGCUGCGGUACUUGAACCAAUGAGAAAAGCGAGAUGCAAGCAAAUUGAUUCAGUGAUAUUCCAGAUGAUGUUACCCAACAUUUGGAGAAGUCUCAAGACGAAUGCAGAAUUCAUGGCACGACAGCAAGAGAGUUUGUUUGAAUUGUUGACCGAUGAAAGUGUCGAUAUUCGGAUUGAGGCCGUUAAAGGUGUACUCUCGAUUUUGAGUUCCUAUUGGGUCACUUUCGACGCAUCCUAUAUCAGAAGAGUUCUCGCGAUGAUUGUUGAUAAUCUAUCAAAAGACAGUGUGGUAGCAGUGCGUGUGGCUGUCUUCGAAGGCUUUCGUCAUUUGUUGCCAUGUUCAAAUGCAGUGAACGCCAUUUUGAAGUCAUUCAAACACCUUAUCCCUCGUCAUAUUAACGAUCCUUCUGACAAAGUGCGCCUCGCAGUAUUCGAACUUCUUACUGCGAUUCAAGGACAUCGAUUCAUACAUUAUUGGGAUGUCAUCGAUAUGAACACAAUUCUACAGUGCUUCGGUGUUGAAGAAGCGGAUUCGGUAAAGAAACAGAUAACCAAAUUGUUGUUCCAAUCGUUCAAACCAGAUCAAUCGCAUCCAGACGAACUGAUCAGAAGGAUUAUUUUCAUGGGCAAUACAACAAGAAUGGGUGCGCUUUAUUUUCAUGGAAUCAUGAUCACCGCGAAGUUGAUCACUGUAGAGCAAGCAUUGGAACACGCGCAAACACUCGCAAUAGCCAUCUACAAAGCAUUGCGAGCCUUAUGUGGUAAAGCUGAUUCACUGCCGCUCACACAGAAUGAGACAAUGAACGAAACGAUUGGCUCGAUUGCAGCCCAAAUUGACUCUGAUUCGAAUGAAGAAGCGCAGAAUUGGCGUAACACAAGCAUUCUUCUCGAUUGUCUUAUUGCAAUGUUGAUUCCACUUCGCGAACAGCUUCUUGAGACGGACUGCCCUACUGAACGAAUAAGAAUGAUGAAUAUUCUUUCGAAACUUUUCAAGAUGCUGUUCAAACACUUUUUGAAUACUUCUUUGUUUGAUUCUUUGAUGCUCUUGGGAAGUUUGUUGGAUGAGCAAUCUGAUAUUAGUGCUGUUGUGAUAAAAGACCUAUUUUCGCAUCAAUUGGUUGAUGAGAAACGCAUUUUGCUCUAUCUUCAAUUGGCUUCUGCUUGGAAUUUUGGUAAAUUGCUCGACAUUGUGCAUUCAGGACUACAAAUAAUCACUACGUCAUGUCAAGCAACUGGAAAUCAGUGUAAACGAAAACAGAAUAAUGUCGAAUGUUCCAUCAGUCGAGCGUUGCUCUGCUUGGAACAUAUGUUGUGUCAAAUGGCAAUGCAGAGUAAAUUAAUUGCUGAGCACGAAGUUUAUCUGCAAACAUUUUACCGCAAAGAUGAAGAGAUGUGUCUUCAAAUCAACAAAGAUAUUGAACAAGAUGCGGUCUGGUUUGUUGAACAAAUUCUACCCAAACUCACCACUCUCAUUGACUCGGACGAAGCGGGAUUUUUCAUGGAUUUUGUUGUCAGAUGGUUGAUUAUAUGUGAUGGCAAUUUGCAAGUAUCUCCGAUGUCGGCAAAUUAUAAAGCAGCAGUCGUGGAUGUUAUCACUAUGCUGACCACAAAAAAUACGCCGUCAAAUUUCAUCGUUCCAAUCUUAAGCCUUAUGAAAAGUCUUUUCUAUCAAACGAUGAGGGGAUCGAAGGAAGACAACUUAAUGGAAGAUACUUUGUUACCAUUGACACGUUCUUCUCUCGAGUGGAUUUGUGAGCGUGUUGAAGACUCGGAUUUUGACAGUAAAGAGUGUUUGAUGUCAUUUUUAAAGCUGUUGGUUGUUCUCAAACUGAGAGGAUAUCUAUCAGAAAGUAUAUUAGUUGAAUAUGCCAAGCUGAUCAUUGCCACUGUUCUUCCAGUUCUUAUCAACCUGAAUGAAAAGGAACUAGAUGUGAUUGAUCCACGCCACCACACCUUUGAUACUCCACAAGUUGUAAACUUUCUACUCGGUGGAAUUGUUUUCAAGAAUGGUCAGAUUCAUUCGGCAGUCAUGAACAUUUUAUUGACUAUGAUCAAAUCGGAUGAAUUGGUCGGACGUUAUAAAGAUGAAGAUUUGGUCUUUGUAUAUGGCGCAAUGCUGCAAACGGUAAUUCUAUGUGAGAUGAACGCAAAAAAGGAAAAAGCUGAUGAUGUGAAGGCAAUUUUGAAUGGGAUAUGUCGAAAAAUAGAGAAACUUGGAAAUGAACUCAAGUAUAAAGAUGUUUAUGCGAGAUCGUUAGUGGCAUCUAGUAAAUUGGACUCACGGCCAAGUAAAUCGAGAAAAAAAUUGCUUGCUGCAAGAGGUGGUCGUAUUUCACUGGUUUUAUUUGAUGAUGUUGUCGGAUUCAGUAUUUCAUUAACUGGUAAUAAUGUUUGUUUGUUAGAGCGUAAUAGAUUACGACAACGUACGCUUUCAAAGGAGGAUUUAUCACGUGUUCUUGAAACGCAGAUCGAGCGGUCAGAAAGUCGAUUAGCCACUGCAGAAUCAGUUGCCCAGUUUUUCAACGAUCUUUGUGUGGCUAUCAAGAACGCUGAUAGAAUCGACGAUGAAGAACUUUUCACGGCGAUCUGCAAAAGGGUUAUUCGCUAUUUGCUCAGCGAUUUUCAAUGCAUUCGUGCCAUCUCGAUGCGAGUACUGCGAUUGGCUUGUACGAAUGAAUCGAGUCUUAUUGUUUUGUUAAACAAUCACGUCGACAUUUUCCUAGCCAGGUCUUUGGAUUUGGACGUUGAAAAUUUUGAUGAGCGUGUUGAAGCGUUAAAAUUGUCAUCGCAUCUGCUUUCGCUUUACUCGCAAAUCAAUAAAGGCUGUGUUCCUGACGUCGCCAGUCAUCUUCUCUUCCCACAUUCUCUUAUAUUACCUAUCUUGGCUAUUGCCAGAACUAUCUUCGCAACUGAUGACGAUAAAGCUGUCAACACCAAACCUGACGGACUAGCAUCUGCGAGUUUGGCUGUAUUCAUUGAAAUGGCAAUCAGUGAGCCAGACAUUAUUAUUGAUGCAGCUGGCACUGGUUGGAUAGUUGAAGCGUUGGCUGGGCCAAUAGUGAGAAAUAGCAAAAUAUCAGCUGUGUUAUGUCGAAUGCUUUAUACAUGGUUGGAUUGUCCACGUUUAAGAGCCAAAGCCAAGAUGCACAUGGUUCUUGAACAAAUUUUCGCUCCUUUGAUUGAAAUCGGAUUUUUUCAAAGUUCAUCACUCUUCAAAGAAGUAAAAGCCGCAGUUUCACCACAGCAAAUAGCUGAUAUGCUUACUGGUUUCACACGUUCAUUUUCGAUUGUUUUGAGCUCAUGGUCUGGCUUGUUGGCAUGUGCAGCUAGCGAUCAAUCUACUAAAACGGUUGUUUCUUCUCAACUCAGAUUACUCGGAUUCUUGGGUUUGGGCACAGUUGUGAAUCCGAAUUUGAAAAGAAUUCGCGGCAUGAUUGUGGACGCUUGCUCAACAAUGCAUUAUCCAGAUUCCUUCAAAUGUUCGUUACGAGAUGACUUCGUGUUAUCGGAGCAUGAAGUGCAAUUAGCAUCGAAUAAUCGAUUCACCGAUCACGUUGAUCUUCUAGCAUCCUUUAAAGCUGUUGCGAUUUUCUUUCUGAUCGAUGCUGGCUUCGCACAGUCCUUAGCACGUUUGAUUCUGGUUGAUCCGCAAGAUGCAAUCUCGAUCAAAGCAACACUUCUUCUUAGUGAUUUACUUCUCAUGAGUUCAUCGUUUCUGCCUCUGGAAUGGCGUUCACGAGUGUUAUGUAUGCCCACACUUAUACAAAGUGCGUGUGAAACGUUAACACGAACAAAUGACUGCUGCAUCAGUUCGACACAUGCCAAUAUUAAUGCUCUUAAUGAAAGCUCUGAUGCUCAUGAAGGCUCUGAUUAUACUUUCAUUAAUGCUGGAUCGACACAGCCAAUUCCAAUCGGCAAUUUAGAAUUAUUCGUUCAAAGCUCACCUCUUCAGCGAAAUCGUUCCGUUAGCCUUUCCAAGUUUCAAAUCGACCGACGAGACGGAGAAAAUGGUAUCGAUUCGUGUAUCCAUGACAUGAUCAUUAAAUCGGUAGAUCCUGAUGAACAGUUCAGAUGGCCUGUGGUUGAUGGUGUUUUACAACUUUUGGAAAUGGAUGCUUGUGCAUCGUUAUUCCGGCAUAGACACUCCGAAAGAUGCUUCAUGUUCUUUUCGCAACUGCUCCACUAUUUCAAACCAUCAUCGGGUGUGUUCUUAGCACGUUUUGACGGCGAUCGCUUUUCAGUAGCUUGUGGCUGUCGCGCGUUUCGAGUGAUCAUGCCUCUGUGUGCUGUUGAACCUCGUUACGAACAACUUGUUCAAGACUUUCUUACUGAUUUCGUCGAAAAUCUAGAGAUUAGUAAAUUAUCAAGAGGUGUUUUUUCUACGAAAAGCAUUUCUAAUUCGGGUGCAAUGUAUUUCUUCGCAUUGAUUGGCGCUAUUUCUUCACAGGAAUGCGGUCGCAAAUUAAUGGAGAGAACACAACUGCUUCAAACAAGUGUACAUUGUCCACAUGCGAAUUUCAUGUUUUAUUCACCUAAUUUGUAUCUACACAUUUGA